AAAUCCAGGUGAUUCAUGGCAGCCCUGUCUACAAAGAUGUUGACAGACAACAUGUUACUGAGUGUCUUCUUUCUUACAGGUGCUUUGGCUGCUUGUCCUCAUAUUCCACACCUCUUCAUUACUGCACCGCUGGAGAUAGAAGCACUGAGUGGAUCUUGUUUGCAAAUCCCGUGUAACUUUAGUGCUGGACCAGGAAAAACAUUUGAUGGCAGCAGAACAACCUUUGGACUGUGGAUUAAAAAUGACCACAGAUUUGCACUCUAUCCACAGGAUGUGAUUUUCAACAGUAGUCAGACAGUUAACACCUAUCCAAUGAAAAUUACUGGAAACCUGAGUCAGAAAAACUGCACCACUCUGUUUUCCAGUUUAAACACAACAUAUACAGACAAAUACUACUUCAGAAUUGAGGGCAAUGAAUUCAGGGCAACAGCUGUUUGUGAUCCUGUUCAAAUAACAGUCAAAGAUUCUCCUCCGAGCCCCAGAAUUAAAAUCUCAGGUGAGCUGAAGGAGAAGGAGUCUGUCACUAUAACCUGCUCAGCUUUCACUCCCUGUCCACACUCCCCCCCUAAACUCACCUGGAAUCUCCAACAAGACGCUCACAACAAAAUAGAGGAAAACGCAGAUCGAACCUUUAUGACUAAAAUCCAGAAGACCAUCACUCUGUCUGACAAGCACGACGGAUACAACAUCACCUGUUCUUCCAGCUACUCUGUGAAUGAAGGACAAAAUGCUAAGUCAGCAAAGGAAAAAGUGACUCUCAGUGUUUCAUGUAAGGCAACCAGAGUUUGUUAUUGGAUCCUGUCAAAACAUGAUGAUUUAUGGGAUGUCAGCUGA